GCUUACUCGUCAAUGGCGUCCACCGAACCUGCCCCGGACGACUGCCUACUCGUGCCCUUGAAAGCUCCCCCCUUCUACGGAACUCUGGAGGAGUAUCUCUCCACCUGUGCCGCUGAUCACAUGCGCCAUGCUAGAGUAGGGCUCUCACCCAUGGCGCCCCUCGGGUAUUCCCGAGUGGCCGACGACGCGCCGCUUAGUGUCAAGCCCCCUACCGUCGCUCGCAGUCGUCCGAUGCCUGCGAUUCCCGUUGAUGAUUCUGCUCGCGCUCGCAAAAAGGGCAAAGUGGUGCAGGUGGGCGACGCCACCCAUUUCAUGGUCUUUCAGGAGCUCGCCACUGAUGGCACUCUUAAGGCUAGCAUUCCACGGUUGUCCGACAGGAGGAAAGAAAUCAAGCAGCUAUUCGAUUCGAAUAUCACGCGUCUCUCUGCGGCUGGUUUAGGACUUGCUCGCAUCGUCGAACCCAUGAAGGCCGAGGUUCAUCGCCGUACCGGCACUGCGACUCGCAUGGCGGGUUUGCAAAGGGCGCAUAAGGCUCAAGAUGCACUGUCGCUGAUGCCGCUCUUCCCGGCAUUCAUCGCUAAGCUCUAUACGAUCCGCACUGAGCUAGAUUUGAGCUUUCACCCUCACCAUCCUGACACAAUAUUCCGGUUAGGGAUCGAUACUGCUUCGUUAUCUUCAUGGACUUAUGGUUCAGAUUUCCAACAGAUACCUUCUUUGCUAGCUCAGAGACUGGGCUAUCUUGAGUUGGAGGAGGAUGAGGAGGAUGACGACGACGACGAUCAGGACGAGGGCGAGAAUGAGGGCGAGGACGCAGACGAGCAAGAGCAACAACAAAAACAAGAGCAAGAGGAGGACGAGGAAGAAUCAGAACCUGACACUGUCCCUUGGCACGUUAAACAAGUUACGGCUCACAUAUCAGGGAUUAAUACCGUGAUACCGGUGGACGUUGACGGCGAAGAGGUUCCUUUUCCAACGAGUGGUGCGCCCCAGGGUCCUAAUGAAUGGUCGGCUUAUUACGGAGACGGCUCCGCUGUCUACUUGCGCCAUAUUCCAGACAGCUCUAUCACAGCCCAUUUCCCAUGCUGGUCUUGGAAAAACAACGACCAAGCCACAUGCCGAUUGGCACUCCAGAGUGUCCUGGCUUUCGGUGCAAACCACGCCAUCAUUUCAUUACCUCCUGUUGACGGCCUCAUCGGAUUGGGCGUGCCAAAUGUGCGACCGUUGGCAUACCAUACUGGGACCGUCUCUGAGAGAACGCAAUUUUUCGACGCUUUAGAAACGCCGUUUCCCCGUGUCUACGAGCCACGUCGAUUCUUAAUCAAAUUGAAUUAUCCGGAAGAUGUGGAUGAGUGCGAAGAAAACGGCGCGAUCGACUUCAUGUAUAUGGGGAUCAGGUUCCCAUGCAUACUCAAACCCGUGUUCACGCCGAAGCUCGCGGUGUACGCAGCAGAGACGCCAGGGUCCCCCUGCGACAGGAUGUGGAUGCUUGGAAUGCGGGCGAUGAGUCUCCUUGUUCCCGACGGUAACAACGGCUUCUCCGAGUUCAAGAUCAACAUGGUCAAUCCGAACAAUGAGAGCGUCAAGGCAUAUCCCGUUUUCGCGAACAUGAUUCAUGUAUUGCUUGACACAGGCACAUCUAAAACUUAUCUGCCCAAGGAUGUCCACGACGAAAUCAGGGAUAGCUGGCUGGGCAAUUCGCAGGCCAUCCUCAAUCUGCAAGCCAAUCGGAAGAUCCAAAGCUACUGUGGUCCGGAGCGAAACUUGGACGAUUGCGAGGUCGUUUUCACAUUCAUCGGUCAAGACGGUGGAUCUGUUGACUUCCGGUGCCCCGCCAAGCCGUUCCUCAAGUCGUACUUCCCUUUGCCUUCUCAUGGGCAGGAGACACCACCAAGCCGCUACUGCUCAACAGUGAUGCACUGGUCUCCCGGGAUGGAUGAAAUGACGGGCGAAGUCACCAUAGCAGACAGCAAGCGCAAUUACUGGGUGCUAGGCUCCAACUUCUACUGGUCGGCCUUCGUCGAGCACGUCGGGCCAAUCAAGGAUGAAAGAGUGCCGGAAGCUGACUUUUCGCACUACUCUGAACCCUACGUCCGGCUCGCACCGCAGAGGGCUCUGAAGCCAGAUGGAAGCAUGGGCUAUGGCGAAAGAUUUCACCUUCUUCCGAGACCUCGCUCCGAGAUUCCACCCGCCAACCCAGGAGACCUGAAGCACUUGCCAGUCGUUGCCUGUGUCCAGUACGACCGCAUCCCCCUAGCCUCUAUUCUGUACAAGAUCUGCUAUGAAUCUGCUUUGUACUGUCCAAUCUCCCGCUGA